ACUCUUCUGUGUGACUGUGACUGUGUCUGUGUCUGUGUCUGUGUCUAUGUAGGAGUAUAUAUUGCUCUACUAUUUGCAAAUUUUGUUACUCUCUCCUCGUUCCCUCUUUAAUCAUUUCAAUAUACUUAUUUUUCUCUCCUAUUCCGUUUCUUUGCCGGAGUGUCACUUUCGGAGUGUCACUUUCUUUUUACAAGAACAACUCUGAAGAAGCAUUAUUCUAAUCAAAAUAAAUGGAGCCUUUAAAACCAGAGGAGAUAACUCACCCGCCAAUGGAUCAACUUCAAGGUUUAGAGUAUUGUAUUGAUUCCAAUCCCUCUUGGGGGGAGGCAGUUGCUUUGGGUUUCCAGCAUUACAUCUUGUCAUUAGGAACUGCUGUUAUGAUUCCCACAUUUCUUGUUCCUUUAAUGGGAGGUUCUGAUGGUGACAAAGCAAGAGUAGUGCAAACAUUGCUUUUCGUUCAAGGGAUUAAUACUCUAUUACAAACCCUAUUCGGAACCCGGCUACCAACGGUGAUCGGAGCCUCGUACGCGUACAUGGUGCCCAUCAUCUCCAUCAUCCAUGACUCAUCUUUGGCAAGAAUUGAAGAUCCUCAUUUGAGGUUUAAUAAUACUAUGAGGGCAGUUCAAGGAGCUCUAAUUGUGGCAUCAAGUCUGCAAAUUAUCUUGGGAUACAGCCAAUUAUGGGCUAUUUGUUCAAGGUUUUUUAGCCCGUUAGGAAUGGUGCCGGUUAUAUCACUGGUGGGUUUUGGUCUGCUUGAUAGGGGAUUCCCUGUGGUGGGACGAUGUGUUGAAAUUGGCAUUCCUAUGCUCAUUUUGUUUGUUGUCUUCUCUCAGUACCUGAAACAUUUUCAGAUAAGGAGGCUGCCAAUGCUGGAGCGAUUCGCUCUCGUUCUAUCAGUUACAGUUAUAUGGGCAUAUGCACAUCUUUUGACAGCUAGUGGUGCCUACAAACACCGCCCUGCAAAAACUCAAAUGAAUUGCCGAACUGACAAGGCUAACCUUAUCUCUACUGCACCAUGGAUAAAGAUCCCAUACCCUUUACAAUGGGGUGCUCCUUCUUUUGAUGCUGGUCAUGCAUUUGGAAUGAUGGCCGCUGUACUAGUCUCACUGAUUGAGUCAACUGGAGCUUUUAAAGCAGCAGCUCGUCUGGCUAGUGCUACUCCACCUCCUGCUCAUGUUCUGAGUCGCGGUAUAGGCUGGCAGGGCAUUGGGAUCUUACUCAGUGGACUCUUUGGGACACUUAGUGGCUCUGCUGUUUCUAUUGAAAAUGUAGGCCUGAUUGGGAGCACUCGUGUUGGAAGCCGCAGAGUUAUUCAAAUUUCUGCCGGUUUUAUGAUAUUUUUCUCAAUAUUAGGGAAAUUUGGUGCUCUUUUUGCUUCAAUACCAUUUACUAUAUUUGCUGCAAUGUACUGUGUUUUCUUUGGCCUUGUUGGUUCAGUUGGGCUAUCAUUCUUACAGUUCACAAAUAUGAACUCAAUGAGGAAUCUCUUCAUUGUAGGUGUAUCUAUGUUUCUUGGUCUGUCUAUUCCUAAUUAUUUCAGAGAAUACUCGGCCGGUGCUCUACAUGGACCUUCUCACACCAGGGCUGGAUGGUUUAAUGACUUCCUCAAUACCAUUUUCUCCUCUUCACCGGCAGUAGCAUUGAUUAUUUCAGUUCUCCUAGACAACACCCUUGAAUACAAGGACAGUGCUAGAGACAGAGGUAUGCCAUGGUGGGUCAAAUUCCGAACAUUUAAAGGAGACAGCCGGAAUGAGGAGUUCUACACCCUUCCCUUUAAUCUCAAUCGGUUUUUCCCUCCAUCAUGAAGCAAGAUCGAGCGUAUUUUUAAAACCCCUUGACCAGUUUUCCAUCCAUCAUAAACCCCUUAGAGAUUAGUUUAGAUUGUGUUUAUCACAACCCUGGUGAUGAUGGAGAAAUGUAAUUUUCAUGGAGUAAAUCAAGUUUUGCUCGUUGGCUCUUUCAGCCUUCCCCUCAAUUGAUAUAUGUAUAUCUCAACUCGGUAUUUCGGGUUCAAUUUAAUAAUAGAAUUUAUUUAUUUAUUCUUUUUCAA